AUGAAGUUCGCCAUUGUCGCAGUCGCCCUUGCCGGGCUUGCCGGCGCCCAAGUCCAGCAGCUUCCUACCUGCGCACAAACAUGUGUGAACAAGUACACAUCAGGCACUGCCAUUGCCGGCUGCAGCAACCUCGACAUCAAGUGCAUCUGCUCCAACUCGGGCUUCCUCGACGGCAUCGCCUGCUGUCUCGCCGACGCCUGUCCCAAGGCUGACCAGGACACUGCCGUCAAGUACGCAAAGGACAUUUGCACCGGUGCCGGCGUCACUGUCCCCGAUCAAGUGGUGUGCAAGAGCGCCAAUGCCACCACGUCUGGUAGCGCGGCGGCCACCGGUGCGAGCCAGACCGCGUCGAGUCCCUCUGCCACGGGCACGGCCAACGCGGCGCCCAUCAUGGGACCUGGAGCGCUGCUUGGUGGUCUCUUCGCUGCGCUUUUUGCUCUGUGA